GUACAGUAGAAGCUGUUAAUUUAAUGGAAAAUAAUCAUCGUCAAAUACAACAACAACAACAGCAACAGCAACAGCAGCAACAACAACAACAGCAUUAUCAACCACAACAACAAUAUGUACCAUUAUCUCAACAACAUAUGAGACCACAAAUGCAGCCUCAAUAUAGACCUUAUAAUGGACCUUAUUAUAAUAAUUCCUCACUUCCAAGUAAUAGACCUUAUAUGGUUCCUCGUUAUCCUCAGCAGCAACAAUCACAUAUGCGUCCAAUGCCUCCUCCUGGUUCUAAUUCUUACUAUAAUCAACGUCCUCCUUCCUCAUCUUCAUCUCCAAUGCCUCCUCAAAAUAUGAUAUAUAGAUCUCAGCAAAUGUAUAAUACAAAUAAUCAGCCACCGAGACCUCAUCAUUCGAGUGUUACACAUCCUUCACAGCCAAUCAAUACAUCGCCUAGGCCCUUGUAUAGACCUAUUAAUAAUGGUGGUUAUAGACCUCAGCAACAACCAUAUGUUGACGUUGAUCUUAAAGCGCCCUCCAUCAGAAAAUUGGCUUCAAAUAUUUCUUUAAGUAUUAAUCCUGCUCGAUUAUCAGUUUCCUCUAUUGACACUUCAGCAAUGUUAAAUCAGCAGUACUUAUCUGAUACAUCAUCAGUUGAUCUAUCUUCUAAGGAACAGAAAAUAAAUUUCAGCAAAUAUGGCAACGUGAUGAUGACCAAAACAUUUUACAGUAUUGAGCCUAUUCCAACACCCACAUGGGUUGAAAAGGAUAUCUCAUUUGAGCCCUUGGGACGUCAAGUACUCCCAUCUUUACCUCGUACUAUACCUUUCAAAGUCGUUAAUUUACAAGAUAAAAGAGAACUUAAUCAAUUCAAGUCGAUUGCUGACAUUCUGCGCUAUCGAGCUACUGGUAGUGAAAGGAAUGCCUCUGCUUUUACAUUGAUCGAUGAAAAGGGUAAAGAAAUAAUGAGUCUGACAUGGGAAAGACUAGCAGCAAAAGCAGAGAAAAUAGCAAUGAUGAUUCGUGAAAAAUCAGAACUUCAGCUUGGUGACCGUGUAGUACUUAUCUAUAGGAAGUCUGAAAUAAUAGAUUACAUUGCCUCACUCAUGGCUUGCUUUAUUGCUGGAGUCGUGGCUGUACCGAUCAAUGCUAUUGAGGAUAUCUCUGAAUUAUGGUUUAUCCUACGUCUCACUCAAAGUCAACUUGUAUUAACGACUGAUAUAAAUAUGAAGAUUUUGACAAAGAAUAUAAAGGUAGCCAACAUAAGUUUCCCAAAGGAUAUAGAAUGGUGGACAACACAUGAUUUUGGUUAUGCUGAUUCACGUCAAAUAAAAUAUAGUCCAAUUCGAUAUACACCUUUGGCUUAUAUCGAAUUCACAAAGUCAAUGAAUGGUGAAUUGAAAGGCGUAACCGUAUCUCACCCAUCUAUUAUGAGCAAUUGUUAUUCAUUUACAGCUGCAGUGACCGAAACGGUGGUCUUUAAAGAUCAAGAUGGGAUAUCUAGUAUACUCCCUAACUGGGAUACACAGGGUUCAGAUAUAAUGUUAACUUACCUUGAACCUCGGCAACAGGUGGGUUUAAAUAUAUCUGUUCUUUGUUCAACUUACAAUGGAAAUCAUACUAUCUUUACCAGUCCCAAUAUUAUUGAAACACCAGAAGUAUGGAUUUAUGCUAUAUCCAAAUACAGAGCUACUGUUGCUUUAGCUGGUUACCCUGGAAUGGUUUAUGCCGCAAAAUAUUAUCAAAAAAAUACACAACAAGUUAUAAAUUAUAGUAAAAAGAUUUCACCUGAUCUGUCAACACUUCGACUACUAUUUAUAGACACCAUCGUUGUCAACCCUGAUUUAAAUGAAUUUAUUGCUAAUAAAUUGAUUCAACCUCUUAUCUCAGUAAACACGUCUUAUUCUCCAAUUGAAGUGGUUACACCUAUUUUGUCAUUAUCUGAAUUUGGUGGUGCUAUUGUGAGUUUUAGGGAUUACCUAGGACCUAGUAAAUCGGAAGAAUUUGAGCAAUUUUAUAAUCAACAGGAUAAUUUGACAACUAUUAAAAGAAGAACUGUAUUUGCUAAUGGGAAAUCAAGAGAUGUUUGGGGAUGUAUACUAGAUGCAGACGCUUUAUGUAAAAAAGAAGUUGUAGUCUUAGCAACAAAUACUACUGUAAGUGACCUCGAUACAUUCCCUAGACAUUUGAGAGUUGGAUCACAUGGAUUUCCUUUCCCUAAUACCUCAGUUGCCAUUGUAGAUCCAGAUACAUCCUUACUUUGCUUACCCAACAUGGUAGGUGAGAUUUGGAUUGAUUCUCCUUCACUAAAGGAUGGAUUUUGGGCAAUACCGCCUACUUUAUCUGAUCUGAUAUAUCAUGCAAAGCCUACUUUGAUACAUUCAGAAACAUAUUACUCUGAAGAAAGGUUUAAACAUCAAGGGUUUUUAAAAACAGGAUUACUAGGUACAGUUUAUGGUGGUCGUUUAAUUAUUUUAGGCGCCUAUGAAGAUCGUGUAAGGCAACAACGUUUAGGGGAAGAAUUGGGUGUAGAAGAAGUUCACUUGAGGUCAGAUAUUAGUAAUACUAUCACUAAAAACACUCGAGUAGAUUUAUGCACUGUCUUUGAUGUUUUUGUUAAUGGACAGUAUCUACCUAUACUUGCUUUUGAAUCAAACUUACCUAAAAAUGAAAUUGAAAAGUUAGCAUGCAACUUAACUAUGAUACUUCAAGCUCAUCAUGGACUAAGAUUAUAUAUCUUGUUUGCUAUGAAUAAAGGACAACUUCCUCGGUAUUUAAAGGAUGGCAAUCAAUAUAUUCAUCAUUUAAUGACAAAACGGUAUUUUAUGGAAGGAAAACUUCCCAUUAAAUAUUUGAAAAUGAAUGUUAACCAUACGAUUUUCAAUAAAACACAUAUUUCUGAUGCUACCAGUUUAUCUUCUGUGUGGCAGACUUGCUUAUCCUCUUAUGAAAAGGCAAUUUCCCUACAAAUUAUUUCUUCUCACAAAAGACUACAACACUCUGGAAUUGAGGUUGUAAAGACAGCUCUUGAUGAACGCUCGGGUUAUGAUUUAUCAAAAUUUACAAACAUAAUUGAUAUUAUCUUAUGGCGUACCUCCCUUUAUCCUGAUGAAAAUGUAUUUCUGAAUGUCAUCCAAGGUACUACAAAGCCAAUCACCUGGCGCAAACUGAAUAAUCAAAUCGCUACGUUUGUCAAUUAUUUCAUUAAAAAGUGCACACUUAAAGCUGGUACGAACGUAAUGUUGAUGUUACCCUUUGGGUUUGACUUUGUUUGCACUCUUUACGCCUGUCUUGUCGUAGGUGCUAUCCCUAUCAUCUGCUCUCCUCCCGAACUCCUGCAAUCCUCUCAAAAACGAAUUCAAGAUGAUGUAAACGCCAUGAUUCGUACCCUUCACGAUUUACAAAUUCAGCAUAUCAUUACUAAUUCACAAUCUGAAGAUAUUUUACGUAACAAAAAUAUUGUUUCUGCAAUUAAGAAUGCAACUACCCUCAGCGGCAAGCCAAUCGGGUUAAAGAAGUUGCCUGUUCAAAUCAAUGUUGAGAAGGCGCCACGCUAUAAUAAACUGUUGGGCCCUGACAGUGGAUUUUCUAUAAAAUCUGAAUGGACAGCCGAUAAGAAAAGACCUGCACUUGUAUUGAUUCGACAAAGGCAAUGUGAAGAUUACGAGUCAGGGGCACAUCAAUACAUCUCUUACAGUCAUGCUACCCUCCUUUCGCAAUGUCGUUCUCAAAAGGUGACCUGUCAGAUUAAUUUUCAAAGACCGCUUAUUGUUACUGGGCUGAAUGGAUUUGAAGGGUUAGGCUUAUUACAUGCUGCCUUUUGUAAUAUCUACGUUGGUUGCGCUACUAUUUUAAUGCCUACUAUAGAAUUUAGAAACAAUGCAGCUUUCUAUUUUGAAUUAGUAGCUAAAAGGAAAUGCCGAACUAUUUGUACAAAUUACAUGUUAUUUGAUUAUGCCAUGAAUCAAAUUCUUCCGUCAGAACAAAGAAGGAUUCCUCUUCAGAAUAUACAAAAUAUGAUGGUAACUGUUGCAUGUAGAACAAAACCUAUGUUAUAUGAAAAGAUAGCACGUUAUUUAGCACUAAGUAGAGUUGAAAAGGAGACAGUGAAUACAGUUUACAGUCAUCCCUUUAAUCCGAUGAUUACAACACGUUCAUAUAUGUUAUUAGAACCUAUUUCACUUAUAGCUGAUCUUAAAUGGCUUAGGCACGGUAUUGUAUGCCCUGGAUCAAUGCAGACUGGCAUUUUAUUACAUGACUCGGGUAUUGUUCCAAUAAAUACAAUGGUGGCCAUUGUUAAUCCUGAAACUUUAGAAUUAUGUCCUAGUCAUGUAAUAGGAGAGAUAUGGGUUUCUUCUGAUAGUAAUGUGAAGGGCAUGUAUAAACCAAUGAUAAAAAAUGAACAACCCGACCUUUUUGAAGCAACACUACAUGGAUCAGCAGAUAAAGGCAUCAAAUACAUGCGCACUGGGGAUAUUGGAUUUCUAUGGAAUGUUCAAAGAAAGGCAAUAGAUGCACAACAAACAAUUGUAGAAGAGGGACAAUGUCUUUAUGUACUUGGCCACCUUAGUGAAGUGAUUAUGACAAAUAGUUUAAUUUAUUUUCCAACUGACAUUGAACAAACUGUUGAAAAUUGUCAUCCAGAUAUUUUGCAUGAAGGAUGCUAUGCUAUUCAAUUAAACGAUAAUAAGGAAAUUAUUAUCAUUUCUGCUAUAAAGCCGAAUAGUGCAAGCAAGUUAUCAGUUGUACCCGUCAUAGUAAACUCAAUUUUAGAGUAUCAUUCAUUGCUUGUGGAUACAGUUGUUCUAGUAGAUAAAGAUCAAUUACCAAAGAAGAAUAACGGAGACAAACUUCGAGAAAAAUUAAAAUCCCUGUAUCUACGAAAAGAAAUAUCUGCCAUUUAUAUUCAUAGAAUUAAAGAUCAGCUUCAAUCUAUGACCUUACUUGGAAAUACAAAUACAUUAUCACAACCAAGUUUAUCUUUUAUGAAUGAUGAUGGUGAUAACCAUUCAAUUAUAUCAUUUAGUCCAAAAUCACAGGCUAAUUUUGAUACAAAUAGUACUUACCGACGCUCAGCUUCAGUAACUAGUUUAUUCACAAAAUUACAAAACUAUGUAAGUGAAUAGAAUCCAACAAUCGCAUGUACCAUAAUUUAUUUAUAUCUACUAUGUCUUCAAUGAUUCGUACCACGCAAAGUAAUUCAUCUAUUAUAUUAUCACAUAUAUUAUUCUUACUAUAUACUCAAUACUCAUCAUAUUAAUAUACUUAUAAUCGUUGUAAUUUGAGGACAUCUAUAUGUAUAUAUAAAUGUAGUAUUUUUUUUUUCUUAUUUAAUAAUCCAUUGCAUAAACUACUAUACAAUGAUAAA